AUGUCUCCGAGAAAUGCAGACAUCCAAGUGGAGGACGUUGACAAGUUCCGCACUGACAACGAAACAGUCGCCAACGCCGACAGACCAAAUGCCCGGAAAGAAGCACCGGCCUAUGUGGCCAACUUGACUCCCGAGGAACGUACAGAAGCUGAGAAAGCUCUUGUUCGCAAAAUAGACAUACGCCUCCUACCGAUGAUCAUCAUCAUGUACAUCCUCAACUACCUCGACCGAAACAACAUCGCCUCAGCCCGACUAGCAGGCCUCGAAGAGGACCUAGGUCUGGAGGGCAACCAGUUCGCAACCUGCGUCAGCAUCUUAUUCGUCGGAUACCUGUUGAUGCAGAUCCCAUCCAAUCUACUACUAAACAAAUUCGGCAAACCAGCCCUCUACCUCCCCACCGCAAUGAUCCUGUGGGGAAUUAUUUCCACCGCGACAGCUGCCGCGAAAAACUACGCCGGUCUCGUCGUCAUCCGCUUUUUCCUUGGUUUCGUCGAAGCCGCCUACUUCCCCGGCUGUCUGUAUUUCCUGAGCGCCUGGUACACCCGCAAAGAGCUGGGUUUCCGCACAGCAGCGCUGUACUCGGGAUCCUUACUCUCGGGCGCGUUCUCCGGUCUCAUCGCCGCCGGCAUCACCAGCAACAUGGACAACGUGCUCGGCCUACGUGCCUGGCGAUGGCUAUUCAUCAUCGAAGGCGCCAUCACCAUCGCCAUAGCCUUCAUCGCCGUCUUCGUCCUCCCCAACUUCCCGCGCACCACAAGCUGGCUCUCCGAGGAAGAAAAACAACUAGCCGUCUGGCGGCUGGAAGAAGACAUCGGCGAAGACGACUGGGUAGACAGCGAACAGCAAACCUUCUUCCACGGAGCCAAGCUCGCCUUCACCGAUGUCAAAACCUGGAUCCUGAUGCUCAUGAUCCUCUGCAUCGUUUCCUCCGCUUCAGUCACCAACUUCUUCCCAACCGUCGUCAAAACCCUCAACUACGGCGACAUCGAAACCCUCUGUCUAACCGCCCCGCCCUAUUGUCUCGCCGUGAUAAGCGCCUUCGCCAACGCCUGGCACGCAGACCGCACAGGGGAACGAUACUUCCACAUCACCGCCCCGCUGUACAUUUCCGUCGUGGCAUUCAUCAUCGCCGCCACGACGACAGCCACCGCACCGCGCUAUGUCGCAAUGAUGCUCAUGGUGCCGUCUUUCUACGCCGGCUACGUCGUCGCCCUAGGCUGGAUCUCGAAUACCCUCCCCCGUCCGGCGGCGAAGCGUGCCGCUGCUCUGGCGGCGAUUAACUGCGUCAGUAACGCCAGCAGUAUCUACGCUAGCUAUAUGUAUCCGGAUUCCCAUGCUCCAAGGUUUGUGCCUGCGAUGUCUGUGAACUGUGCCACGGCGUUUAUCGCUAUCGUUUCUGCUACGGUGCUUCGCUUUAUGCUUGUGCGGCUUAAUAAGAAGCUUGAUCGGGGCGAGGAGGUGCUGGGCGCUGUCCCUGGUGAGGGGAGUCGGCGUGGUUUCCGCUUCCUGGUGUAG